AUGCAGCUCCUCUCCGCCCUCCUCCUCCUCACACCCGCUCUCGCAGCGCCCCUCGUCGCCCGCGACGAGCCCAGCUGCGGCCAAAAGUCCGGAAAAGUCUCAGAAUGGACCCUGACCGACUUCGACUUCCACGCCAGCUACAUCUUCAGCACGCCCUCCCACCAGAACUCGUGGGGCUACAUCAGCUUCAACGUCACCAACCCGGUCCUCGACUACGCCGUCUCCUGCGGGGCCGCCAGCAGCCGCCUCAACGACUUCUUCUACGGCGAGCAGGUGUACCAGUGCAAGGCGCCCGACGGCGAGAGCACGGCGACCUCGUUCACGUUCAGCCGGCCCGACGGCGCCGUCACGCUGAACCAGAGCUGGACUUGCAACGACGACCCUCAGUACCCGGCACGAUACACCGCUAAGGGUAACGCGGUUGCCGAUCUCAAGUGCGAGGAGACGUCCUGGCAGAACCCCAACUGGACGAUCGGCCAGUUCUACUCGACGCGGGACAUCAAGUGCGACAUUAUUACUCUGCUGACUCCCAUCAAGGAGAUCCAGGGCGUUGCCUAA